CAGUCUCCUAGGUACCAGGUCACAGGUUUCCUAGAUCGCGAUGGAAACAGCCCUCUCCUCCACAUAUUUUGUUCCCCGCUAAUCAAUGCGAAGCUCAGACCUUAAAGUUACAAUGCUUUACGUACAAAGAUGAAAGCCAGAGAACCACGACAGGAGAAGGCAGGGUAGGGCACGCCUGUGAUUUCGGCAUUUGGGAAGGCGGAGGCAUGAGGAGGACCAGACAAGUUCAACGUCAGAUUGGUCUAUACGAUCCUGUCUAUGACCACCUGCAAUGCCAACCUUGUCCUUCAAAAUGACAACGCCAGACUCACGGCAGAUGACUUCAAGAUGAAGUAUGAAAAUGAACUGGCCCUGCACCAGAGUGUUGAGGCGGACACCAACGGUCUUCGCAGAGUGUUGGACGAGCUGACGCUGUCCACAACCGACUUAGAAAUACAACGUGAGGCUCUGAGCGAGGAGCUGACGUACCUCCAAAAGAACCAUGAGGAGGAAAUGGGAGUUCUGCAAAAUGCAUCAGGGGGGAACAUCAAUGUGGAGAUGAACGCGGCCCCAGGCCUAGAUCUAACCGCCAUGUUGAACAACAUGAGGGCCGAAUAUGAAGAUUUGGCUGAGCAGAACCGGAAAGAUGCAGAGGCCAGUUUUAAAGAGAAGAGUGCAUCGCUGCAGCAACAGAUUUCAGACGACGCAGGAGCAAUCACGGCGGCCAGAAACGAGCUGAUGGAACUGAAACGCAAUCUGCAGACUCUGGAGAUAGAACUUCAAUCCAUCACGGCUAUGAAACAAUCCUAUGAAAGUUCAUUGGCCGAGACCGAAGGGAAUUACUAUGCGCAACUCCAGCAGAUCCAGGAGCAGAUUGGGCUGCGGGAGGAGCAGCUGCAGCAGACCAGAACGGAGACGGAGAGCCAGAAACUGGAGCACGAGCAGCUGCUCGGCAUCAAAACGUGUUUGGAGAAGGAAAUUGAUACAUACUGCAACCUACUAGACCGAGAGGAACAAAAAAGUGAAUCCACAGGUUACAAACCAAAGGAUCGCAAGCCUGCAAGCGAAGUCAAUGACUCAGCAGAAGAAACGUUUGCCAGAACAGUGGCUGAAGAGCUAGAUCAGCUUGGCAACCUCCUUUCACUUCGAGUGCACUCCGUGGAAGAAAAAUCCUCUAAGAUCAGCAAUAUCACCAUGGAGCAGUGGCUGCCUUCCAAAGCCCCGUGAGGCCAGCAAGAUGGUUCACCAGACAAGACGCUGCCUCUGCGAAAUCCCUCUGCUCAAGAAAAAUCAUCCAUGCCUGCUCCUAUGAGCCAAACGACUAGACUCAAGUUUCCUUUUCUUCUUCCUCUUCUCACGCGGUUGUGGGCAACGCAGACGGAGGCACUAGGACCCUUGGCUUUGACAGAGAAAAGAAUUUCAUGGACAGACAAUGUGAAGCAGAAUUGGAGAUUUACUAAAAGGCCAUUUUUCACUUAGAUCUAAAGCAUGGCAGUCGAUAGAGAGGUGUCCGGGACAGGGGUGAGAUAGACCCAAGCAUCAGUGUGGGCUUCUCCCCGGAAAGUCACGCUUAAGUGUCUUUAGCAAAGGUAUAUAUAGAACUUUGGUACCUCUCAGGUCAUAUCUCUAAGGGUUACAGGAAUCAGCCCUCUUCUUUAACAUUGCUCGAAGGGUGCGGCUGAGAAGGUUUAAACUUAAAACUAAUUUCCUUCAGUAAACCAGGUUGUAAGAUAGAUUGAUGGAGGUGUUGUUGUGCUGUAGAGCGAGAAAGGAGUGUUAGAAACUCAGGGUGAUACACAUGCUGGUCAUGAGGAAGUACGAUUUAGCUUGUCGGGUGUCUCUCGAGAAGGAUGUGCACAAUGUCCGUUGUGUACAGUGUCAGUUGUGUAGUAUGUCUUUUAUGUACUGUGUCAGUUGUGUACUGUGUCAGUUGUGUAUUGUGUCUGUUGUAUACAGUGUCAGUUGUGUAUUGUGUCUGUUGUAUACUGUAUCUGUUGUAUACAGUGUCAGUUUUGGACAAUGUCAAUUGUGUAUUGUGUCUGUUGUGUACAGUGUCAGUUGUGUAUUGUGUCUGUUGUGUACAGUGUCAGUUGUGUAUUGUGUCUGUUGUGUACAGUGUCAGUUGUGUACUUUGUUGUGUAUCUGUUGUGUACUUUGUCUCAGGCCAUUUGGGCUGCAUCCGCAUUUCCGAUGGGAUUUCCGAUGUUUCUGGCCUUUCUUGGGAGAAGAGUCAGGUCAGCCUCUGAGAUGAAAAGCAUAAUGUUUCUCAUCCUUUUCUUCCCGUGUCCCCAUGAAGUUCCUAUCUGUCUACCCAGCCCAGUGCUUUGGUAAGCCUUUCCUAGAAAUGGGGCAACCUCGGUAGCUCCUGAUUUUAUUUUGUGAACCUUUGGCCACUUCAUAAAGAGCUCUUCUGUUGCUAAUGAA